UCGCAAACAGUUCACGACCGUCGACCUCGGUCCCGUUAUAUUGGUGUUGAUAAAUUAAGCGGGCUAACUAAACGGCUGCUGCCUCGCCCUCACUCUCAUCCCAUCCGGCUUUCUGGUUCUCGUCUCUCGCCGACACACGCGGGCGGCUAGGAUUAACGUCCACGAGCAGCAGUACGUCUCGAUUCAGUCGCGUGGAUCGCCGACGCAUCUUCUCAUCGCAUCCUGCCGGUUUCCGAUCCUCGCCAUAAUAAUACAACGCACGCGAUGGCGUCGCGCGGUCAAACCGAAACGAGCAAGCUUAAGGAGCGACUCGAAGAACAGCUCGAUCGUCUCAUGGCGCAGCUAGGCGAUCUCGAAGAGUGUCGAGCCGAGCUCGAUGAGGACGAGUACGAAGACACGAAGCGAGAGACGCUCGAACAGCUGCGCGAGUUCCAGCAGUCACUGGCCAAGAUCGUGUCGGGAGAUAUGACUCUGGUUGACCAGCUGAGCAGCAUGCAGCUAGCCAUACAGGCAGCCAUCAGCGAUGCAUUCCGGACGCCCGAGGUGAUCCGGAUGUUCGCGAAAAAGCAGCCAGACCAGCUGCGCGAGCGCCUCUCGCAGCUGCAGCGGGACGCCAAGAUCGGCCGUCUCAGCGAGGACGAGCUGGCACCGCAGAAGCUCGAGAUCCUCGCCGCCCUCAAGAAGCUCAAGGCCAGCCUGCUUCCCGAAGAGGAGCACUACCUCGAGAAGCACGCUAGCAAGGCACUGCUCGACUUCGACCAAGUCGGCGAGGACGCGACGGAUGCGAACCGACUGCUCGACGUGGCGGGCUCCCAAGUCAAGGCCGCCGCGCAGCGGUGACUUUCGUGUUCAUCGCGGUUUGUCCUUCCAGACUGUUUGUGUCCCCACCCAUUGCGUAUUCUUGCAACUUUCGAGGUGGUGCUGGUGAUGGCGGUGCACCUGUAGGCGAAGCAAGUGCCGAGGCCAAGUGUUGCAGCCGUCUCGCAUCAUGCGGUGUUGCUUGUAAGGAUUUUUCAAAUGUGCCGGACGUGGGCAACUUCCAUUUUCACUGUUUGUGUCUACCUGUCGCUUGCUUUUGCAAUUUUCAAGGAUGCUGGUAACGUCUCUUGGCAAACCAAACUUCCAGGCUAAAUGUUGCAGCUGUCUUGUAGGUGUUGCGUGUAGUAUAUAUAAAGGAAUUUUUGAAGUUCACUGCGUGUCGGCAGCUGCCAUUCUCGUCACGCUUCAGCCCUCUGGAACGAUGGCUUCCAGUGCAUGGCCCAGUCCUUUGUGUCCUUUGCAACUUUCAAGCAGCUAGUAACGACGGAGGCCUGAGGCUGAUUGUUGCAAUUGUCCUGUCUCAUUCGAAUACAGUAUUGCGUAUAACAUAGAGGAAUGCUCUUUUUGUUGCAUGUGUGUACUAUGUUCUAUGCCUCUUGCCUUUUUGGCCUUGCCAGAAUGUAAGGUGAUGAUUUCACGUAUUUUCAUUUACCACGGAGUUCCUUGCUGAAAUUACUAGAGGGAACUGGGGCACUGGGGUCGAUCACCUGCAGCGGAAAUAAUGGAGUCUUGUGGAGAUUGGUCUGAUCGUUGCAGUUGUGCUUUGUUUGGCUUAGAUUGGCUGGAAGUUGGAUUCGGCGCGCAUAUGAUGGUCGCAUUAGCGACGCCAUAGUUUGUUGACUGUGAUUGGUUUGAGGUUGUGCGACAAACCUUGAGGGAAUCUACGUUUUAUCCACUAACCCCACGUUGUCUGAACCAUUACGCUUGCAUCACCCGUAGACAAUUAGCACUACACUUCUAGUUAACUUUGUGUCGUUAAGGUUUACGGAGACCAGCGCUACGUCUGUCCCGUCCCGUUCAAGUUUCGCCGUGGCAUGAACAAGAAUUGACGCAUUACAUGCCCAUGUGAAACUGUCGAAUCAACCAUGCUUGAUCAUGUACAGUGGGUACAGUCAUGUCCUGCCACUUUUUACGGGAAUGUAUACAUCACUUUCGUUUCUUACAGUGCUAUGCAUGGCACAUCACUUCAGAUUUGCAGUGUAGGUUUUGUACUGGAUAGUAGCAAAGGCCAGAAUGUCGCUGGUGAGGACAUUAGAGGUGCAUGAAUAUUUAAACAAUUUCCAACCCACGAAUCGACUAAUGCUGCGAUCGUUUGUCUUUAUGUCAAAUAAUCAGUAUAUAUGAGCUGGAAUGUUUCUCAAAUACCUUUUGAGUAACUUAGUACACAAUCAAGCAAAACUAACGAAAGGCGCAAAAAUAUUCUUCCUAGCAGCUGCAGUACACAAAGUAUGAGAAGAUAUGUAACUGCUCGAAAAGCUUGACAUGAAGGCGAGAUACUUUGGAUAACUCGAAGGUGAGAUGACUUGCAAGAUAUUUUGUGUGGACACACACACAUCUACAAGAUAUGAAUGCAAAAUGUGGCCUAUAACCUGUUUAAAAUCAAUUUUUAAUGUGUAUUCCACUCAAAUGAGCGCAAUAGUGAGCACCUCACAACAUCAACUUGGUUUUAAUGUAAACCAAUAACCAUCUAUGCCGCGAGCUUGUGUUUGCUGCCAUGCUCCUUGCGUGUGUUAUCUGCCGCAGUUCUCAAUCUGGCGCUCACGUGCAUGCGUUGCCAUGUGCGUCACUUUUUUGUGCGUUCACGCGGCCAGCUGUGUUUCCGAAAAAAAAAAAAAAAAAGAACUGGUCCUGCCUCACUCAGCACUUCCUGAAACCAAAGCUGUGAGUGGGGGCUAGAAAAGCUUCCCCGAAUAAUUAGCAGUUGUGCGCUCGAGCAAACUAAGUUUCCAGCCAUCAUAAGUGGGUCAUUAGCUGCUCAUUGCAACAGAACAAAACCUGCUACAAAACUUUUUCGUUGGUUUGUACUCUCUACAGUCUGCAUCCUUCUUCGGAAUUACCCAUUCCAACUUUUAAUAAACAUUUCAUGAAAUUUACAACACAAGCCUUGUAGCAUACAUACACGUGAACAUGAUCCUGCAUUAAUCACUGUAUUUUUUUUAGACAAAAAACACUUUGAAAAGUGUAUAUUCAUUUUUCUUUUCCUGGCACUAUUCAAAAGUGCUACAAGCGUGUUGCGCAGUGAACUCUAAAUUGCAAUGGAGCCCAUUCCGGAUUGCAUUUCUCCACCGCUACUGGCUCGUUUCUGCAGGGAGCAAACGGCGUUCAAAGAAAUUCAGUCCAGAUUGAGUUUGAUCACAAUCGGAUGUGGACUGUGCGACACCAGUUUCAAAAAUUAGCAUGUUCUUACAGCUCUACUUAUUAGUCAUUUGCCGAGAGUUUUCAUAAAGGUUGUGUAGCCAUGUGCAGUGGUCAUACACUUUGUUUUGUACAAGUUGCAAGCCUUGUGAACACCCAAUAUCAGGCUUCGACAUUCAUGUGUAAUAAACUGCGAAUAAAUGCCCUGUUAUAAUAAUAAUAAUAUCUGGGGUUUAACGUCCCAAAACCACGAUAUGAUUAUGAGAGACUCCGUAGUGGAGGGCUCCGGAAAUUUUGACCACCUGGGGUUCUUCACCGUGCACCUAAAUCUAAGUACACGGGCCUCAAACAUUUUCGCCUCCAUCGAAAAUGCAGCCGCCGCAGAAUAAAUGCCCCGUUUUAAAGAACAUUUCCAAGAUGGAAAUGUUCAUUAUAAAUCUAGAAAUUUGCAUUUGCAAUCUGCGAGGUCACUCGUUAUUUGUGUUUUUUUUUUCAUGACGAGCAUUGGAUAUGACAAGGCCCAAACCAUGGCCUGCUACGGCGCUCAGCAUACCGCAGGUGGUGGUGAACCCAGUUGGUUGUCAAUGUUAACUUCUGUGUUGUUUCCAGCAAAUGGCAAUGGCAUCACCCUUGACUUCCAUAUCAAAAACAUUUUUCUUUUGCUUUUAGGACACCCAUUUGUAAUUGAAUGUUUAAAUUUUGCAAAUAGUUUGCUUGCCAUUUGCACUCUCCAUCAUAACUACGCUUUAUACAAGGUCAAAAACUUAGCUGCAGUUUGCCCUAGAAAAGUUUCAGCUCUGGACCAAAUCCCAUUCAGAUAUGUAGUCAAACUAAUGAAGCACGAACGAGAAAUUAUGAAGUAGAAUACAUUUCGCGAGUUAUCACUCAAGAGCAAUAUCUUGGACUGCCAGUUCAUCGGCUGCGAAAGACUGUUUGCGCCCCAAUUUAAGCGUGCGAGCCAAAAUCAUGCCUAUAUCACGCGUGCUGGCAGUAUCGAGAGUGAAGCAAUGUGCUUCAGUUCAAUCUGUCUACUAUUCAAUCUGUCCAUGACUGUACACAUGAAGCGUAUAACUGGUAUCAUAAUACAAACUCUCUCUCGCUGAAAACUGUGCAAGUAACAAGACCUCCAUUAUGAAGCAGCACCAAAAGCUCGAGUUCACACCACAAGUUCACAACAGAAGUCUGGGAUGUUUUCCGCACUAUUUUUCUCGCAUACCCUGGCCCAUAUGUGGGAGUAUGGAUAUGCAGAGAGCUGUAAAAACUUUUAAUGGGUACCGGUUUAAAGCAAGGAACAUAAGUCGUGGGGAGACCUGCCACUAAAGCAUGUGUUCAGCCAACAAUGAACUCUUACGCAAGAGAUGGGAAAAGCAGAGACGCUGCACUCUCACAAAGGUGAUAACCCCGCGACUAUACAAUGUGCACAUUGCUAAAGAAACGGGAGGCUAGGUAGCCGCUUUCGCCUUCCGUUCGUUGCAUCACGCCGUGGUCUUCACCGGGUGAUUACCCAAAACAUGGCUGAGUCUGUCAAUGUCAGCUUUAAAAUGAGUGUGACACCACUUCAUUUAAAUUAGGUCAUGUUUUCUUCAGGGUUGAAAUGCCUCCAGGGCACCGCUCCCAAUUCUCAUUUUUCUUAGUUUACAAAUUUUCUUUCUUACAAAAUCUGUUUUCACUAUGUACGGCAAAUCUGCUUUACCGAAACAUACACUUUUAAGCUUGACUUCACAUUUUCCUCAAGUGUCUCUUUAUGAAAAUUGUCUUGUCUUAUAGCCACAACAUUGUUACGAGACCCCACAUAGCAGGGAACCACCCCGGAUUCUCUUAAUAUGCACCUAUAUCCAAGUACACCAAUGCUCUCUGCAUUUUGCUCCCAUCAAAAGAAGGCCACCGUGUCCAGGAAUCAAACGCAUGCCCUUGUGCUUAACAGUGCAGUGCCAAUGACGCCAUAGCCACCGUGGCAAGUCUGUUAACAGCGUUGUUUCAUGUACGUAUGCUGCUGCAUACACUAGAGGACAGUUUCAACAUUAGCAUGUCCCCAUGCCACAAUAAAUGAGACUGAAAAGAGGUUAACUCGAAUGCCUUUCAGCUCGAUCACUAGUAACUUGGAUGGGCGGUCGUGGGGUAAUCGGUCACUAAACAAAGCGUGAAAUAAUUAGGCCAUUAUCGCACGUUGAUUCUAUGCAUAGAAAGAAAUCAGUCCUAGCGCGGUUUCUCCGUCCACAUUUUACUCCAGCAAUGGCAUUACAAUGUCUGCAUGGCAGUAGGAGUGUUCCUCUGUACAAGUACUGAUGAUGUCAGCCAGUAAUGUGCCAACCUAUUCAGCCAAGAGCACAGCCUGCUUAAACGCGACCUUAAUCUUUUCAUUUUGUCGAAUGGCGUGGCAGCCUCAAUAGCGUAACGUCAAAAAAUU